UUUCUAGCCGGGAUUCGCUAAUAUACGGGAGAGCUAUAUGUUUAGCUUAACAGCAAACCCGGGAAUAGGCCGAUUAUAUAGAUUGAAGUGCUGUUGCAUGUUGACAUUCGGUCCCUGUGUUCACUGCAAUAGAAGUGUAUAGCAUAUGCUGGAUUUUUAAUGUAAAUUUCCCUGACAGACAUUUCGCUCUCGUUUUUAUCUGACUGCAAUAUACAAAUCCGCUUCUUGAUUAUCCGCACACGACAAGCCCGCGCUAUAUCCAAGCCGCUUAUUAGCCGGCAUUUUUUGCCCACACAGUGACUUACACCGGCUUCAUGCACCACAAAUUUUCUCCGCGUUAACGAAUAACCAAAAUGCAAAUUGGUGAUGGGUUUUUUUCCUAUCAAAAGCUCGACAAUUUGUCGUUGGAUUUAUGUGCAAAAGCGUGAAUUUCUGACCGGUGUUUUAAUAAGCACACGCACAUCAAGCAUCGAUGGAUGUCUUCGAUCAUGAUGCAAGUACAUAUUGCAGAAGAGAUAUACACGCCGGUUAUACAAUACAAAUCAUGGGAUGACAUUAUCAGCUCAUAUCGGUUUCUAAGUUUCUGUGUAACGUAUUGAUGAUCCAGUUUAUUGGCGAUGGCCGCUGCAACCUGUGCAAUGCAGUAAAUUGACGUUGCAACCUGCCGUUUCCCAUCAUCGGUCUUCUCAGUGAUCGCCUCAUUGGUAUUGACCUAAUCCCGUGAAAAUUUCCACGUAUAAAAAAUAUCAAAGUAAACCGGACUCUGUAUACAUUGUAAGCAACGGCAACGCCAGCCGCCUGCACAUUAACACAUCCGGCGCCCCGGCCUCCGCCAGCUUCAUAUUCCCAGGACAAAUUCCAUCGUUUUCCCCGUAUAUGUAAAUCGUGCUGAUAGCCCGGCUACUUGAACGAGUCCCGGCGCUGUUGUAUCCCUUGCGGAUAUUCUGAUUAGUUUGAGCGGAUCGGCACUCGCGCUCUCUCUGUCCCGGGUUUUAUAACACCGUCCCCGUUUACGUUGUGUUGUCACACACACAUCACACACACACGGUGCCCGUCAUCACGUUUUAUAUAUUGGAUAAAGUGAUCAGGAAACACUGAUCUCAUUACCGGCAUCCGGCCCUCGUUAACGGCUAAAGGAAGUCUUCCCCACACUGAUGCCCAACAUGACGGCUCCGCUGGACACUUACGUAAUCAAUCGUACACUGUAUCCAGCUACCGGCAACUGUUCAGCCGGUAGCGACUUCGGCAAUAACACCGCGGCUUAUUAUGACACCCAGCCGGGAUCCCUGCUGUUUAUGGUCAACCUGUAUUAUGGAAUUAUUUGGGUUGUGGGCAUGUGUGGGAAUAGCCUCGUGAUCUAUGUCGUAUGGCGCUUCUCCAAAAUGCACACUGUGACAAAUUUUUUCAUCCUGUCACUGGCCUUGGCUGAUUUAUCGUUCCUGCUAAAUUUACCCUUGGUAAUGGUCACAACCUUCAAAGACCGUUGGAUCUUUGGUGAUAUUUAUUGUCGGAUCUUCUUCACAAUGACAACGGUUAAUCAGUUUGCGUCCUCAUUCUUCCUCAUGGUUAUGUCGGCUGAUCGAUAUUUUGCUGUUUGUCAUCCGAUCCGCAGCAAUAAAUACCGCACUGCCAAAGCCGCCAAAGUCGUCUGCGCCAUAACGUGGCUCACGUCGGCAACUCUGAUGAUACCGGUAUUCAUCUACGCCAAACUGGAAUCCGAAGGCGAAUCGAAUGGGACGUGUCACAUUGCGUGGCCGGGAGGCGAGUACAUUGACGGCAUGCAAGCCUUCACAUUGUACUGCCUGGUACUGGGCUUCACCUUUCCGCUGCUUCUCAUCAUUGCCUUUUAUUCCAUGGUGUUACGCAAACUGAAAACACUCGGCCCGAAAAAUUCACAGGCCACCAGCGAUGGCCGACGAAGGUCACACCGGCGCGUAACAAUUAUGGUGUUAGCCGUGGUGUCGGCGUACGUUAUCUGCUGGCUGCCUUAUUGGGUCUGGCAGGUGUUGCUUGUUUACAUAUCGUCGAUUACGAGUUAUCUUAAUCCCGAACCGUCCUGUGAUUCUGCGAAGCCGGCUGCGGCAACAGCAGCGGUCAACGACGGCAAAAAUGCCGCACGUAAUGCGAUUAUUUAUACAAGCACCAUACUGCAAGCGCUCUGCUACACCAACAGCAGCGUCAAUCCCAUUUUGUACGCCAUGCUGAGCGAGAACUUUAAAAAGUCCUUCGCAGCCGCCUGUUGUUGGGGCCGCGGCGGUCACAACAUGGACCAGCUACAGCCUGAGCGCACUUCCGUCCCCGAUCAGCACAGUAACAUUUUUGCACGCUCUCGCAAUUCCAUUCGCCGGCGCUUUCAACAGCAUAAUGACGAGGAUGACGAUGAGAGCCCGACUAUGCACAUCAAUGAUGAGAAGCUGGAGAUUACCAGUUUUUUGAAAAGGUCACAGAAACGCAAGUCGACGACCAACGGAACGAACAAGCUGGCUCCACCGCCGACCGAGAUCCGCUACCGUAACGGAUCUCUGACGGACUUCGGGAACAUUCCCACUACGGUUACCACUACCACUAUGGCCAGUGUUCCGCUGGGCGAAAAAGACGAUGCUGUAUAAAGUAGCAUAAACUGUAGAUCGACCGGCAAAGCCAAAUGUGCAUGACAUUUACAGGUUACACCCAUUUUGUCCUUACUUGAAGACAGGUCUUUCAAGCAACUUUAUGCAUAGAAGUACUUAUGGUUUCUCUCGCGUUGGGUUUCAAGAGGGAAUUUUCAUUUGUUUAUUUUAAUUCUGCUUUUCUUUCUUGUCUCGAGUCUGUUGACUUAUGUCGCAUAAUAUAUGUACUUACUAUUUGUAACAUUAGGUGUUCCUAACUUCAUGUGUUGGACGAAACAAUAUCCUUCAGGAU